UUUUGACAAUUUCUAUUGUUAUUUAAAAUGCUUUCCCAAUUAAAAUACAAUAAAUAGUUAAUAUUUUAAUACAUCUAUCUAGCUUCGAGAUGUUUCGUAAAACGUUCAAAAGUUUUUUUCCAAAAUGGAUAAGGUUAAAUAGGAAACGCUCUGCUGGAGUCUGUCAUCCUGUUGAUCCAAAUGAUCCUGGUACCAAGAUCAGUCUCCUACCGAAUGGAGUGCGGAUUGCAACUGAACAGACGCAAUCACCACUUGCUUGCGUUUCUCUGUUCAUCGAAGCAGGCCCGCGUUUUGAAACUCCGGAAAACAACGGUGCUAGCCAUUUUCUAGAACACAUGGCAUUCUGCGGUUUUAAGUCAAUGAACCAAUGUGAAAUAGAACAUAAUCUUUUGCAAAUGGGCGCGAAGAUAAACGCAGAAACAACUAAAGAGAUACAAAGAUUUGUGGCGAUUUGUCCAUCAGAAAAUGCGCACGAGAUGGUCGCUUUUCUUUGUCGCAUUAUAACUGACCUUGACCUAAAUGACUCUUCAAUAGAGACCGAAAAGCACAACAUGUGUUACGAACUAGUGGACUCCGAUAAUGAUCCUAAAGCUGUUAUGUUCGAAUAUUUGCAUCAAACUGCUUUUCAAGGAACCCCGCUGGCUCAAAGUGUCAUAGGCCCAUCGAAGAAUAUUCAAAACUUUGACAGUCAACUUCUGUCAUCCUUUAUGACCGAUCAUUACCAGCCUUAUAAAGUUUGCUUUGCUACAUCUGGAAACGUGGACCACAAAGAAGUCGUACGCAUCGCAGAAACGAUGUGCGGAAAAAUGGUUGGAGAUCCAACGAAGCAGUUUGGAAGAGGCCCUUGCCGAUUUACUGGGUCCCAGAUUAUGUACCGUGACGAUUCUAUGCCAUGCGCUCACGUUGCCAUUGGGUUCGAAGUCCCGGGAUAUGGCCAUGAAGAUUACUUAAAGCUGUUGGUAAUGGGGUGUAUGAUGGGAGCCUGGGAUAAAAGUCAAGGAGGAGGUAACAGUAACGUACCAGUACUGGCCUGCGCUGCUGCCUCUGGUCUUUGCGAGAGCUACGAGCCGUUUUAUUUUCCAUACGGCGAUAUCGGCUUAUGGGGUGUGUACUAUGUGGGACAGCCACUAGUUUUAGAAGAUAUGUUAAACAACAUUCAGGACUACUGGAUGAAGAUGUGCGUUAGUGUUCAUUAUACAGAUUUAGAAAGGGCGAAAAACUUGGCCAAACUAAAGGUAGCGAAGAUGUUUGAUGGAACCGUGAAUUCCUCGUAUGAUAUUGGAAUGCAGUUGAUGUAUUUUUGUGGAAGGAAACCGUUAAUUAGUCAAUAUGAAUUGUUGUCUAAUAUAAAGCCAGACUCGAUCAGAGAAGCUGCUGAUAAAUAUUUGUACGACAGGUGUCCGGCGGUAGCCUGUGUGGGGCCCACGGAGGGCAUGCCCGACUACACGAAAAUCAGAGCAGGACAAUAUUGGUUGAGAUACUGAAAUAAAAUAACGUACCGAAUACCAAUUAUACCAACUGUUCCUGUGAACUUGCAAAAAGGAACUUAGACUUAGUGCGCGGCUUGUUAAAUUACUCAAUAAGCCUUGCAUAUGCAAGUAAAUAACAAUUGCUUCUUAGCAAAACCACUGCGAGAACACUAAAGCGACGUCUCUCUAAAAUUCUCAAAAUGCCGUCUUCUCUGGUAUACGUGUAUUUUUUAUUGGUGUAUUUUAUUUUAACCACACAACUUCAAAAGUUCAACUUCAAAAAUUUCUCAGUUUUCUCAGUUUUAAAAGAGAAAUUUAAGCAAAACAGCUUAUUGGUUUUCGGUUAAUGCUAAAAAACAUGACAAUGUACUGUUGAACAAUAAAAUAGUUACUUUUUAAAGUAUACUUUGGGCAUUCAGUAAUUACUAUUAUACUUAUUAUGUCAAACAAAGUGUUUUUUAGUUUUAUCAGCAGUAGUUAUUAAAAAAAAUAAACCUUUUAAAAUCACAAA